AUGCCGCUCUGCGCCGCCUGUUGCACCACUAAAGGUUUUAACAAAUUUCACGGCGGACAGCGACGUUUGCCUCGUCCAGUGUGUAAGGAAUGUUUUCGCAUUGGGAAAAAACCGGUAGAUCUUAGUGGCGAGCCCGAGAAAUUGCUGAUUCGAACCUCAGGCGACAAGAAAUCCGUCAGUUUAGCAGAUUUUCGAUUGCUUAGUGUCAUUGGACAAGGUGCAUUUGGAAAGGUGCUAUUGGUGCGACAUUCUACUACUGGAAAAGUGCACGCAAUGAAGAUCAUCAGUAAAAAGUUUGUCAUUGAUAUGGACAGCUUGCACUACAUGAAAACGGAACGAGAUGUCAUGACAAAGAUGCGCCACCCUUUCGUGAUCGGGCUGAAUUAUGCUUUUCAAACGGAGUCAAAGGUUUAUCUCGUGAUGGAGUAUCAGCCGGGUGGAGAACUAUUUUCUUAUUUGAAAGAAGAAGGCACGUUCACCGAGGACACCGUUCGAUUCUACCUGGCCGAAAUGAUUCUAGCAUUGGAACAUCUUCACGGACACGGCAUCACGCACCGUGAUUUAAAACCCGAAAACGUUCUCAUCUCAGUCGAAGGGCAUAUCAAGCUGACUGACUUUGGUUUGGCAAAGGAGUACGUCGAAGGACAGGACUUAUUGACAGUGUGUGGGACAAAAGAAUACAUGGCACCAGAGAUGCUACUCGGCAAGGGGUAUGAUUCUGCUGUAGACUGGUGGUCACUUGGUGCUCUUGCGCACGAAAUGCUGACCGGAAACCCUCCAUUUCAAUCAAAAAAUCCCGCAGACCUACAAAAAAAAAUUCUCUCAGCCAAGCUCCAAUUGCCACGAUGGCUGUCCAGUGAAGCUCACUCGCUGAUCAAGUCCCUUUUGGAACGCAAUGUGAGCAAAAGACUUGGCGGGGGCAAGUCUUCCAUGUUUGUGUUCAAGGGAGUACAGGCUCUUAAACGCCACCCCUUUUUCAAGCCAGUGAACUGGGAGAAGAUGGAAACUCUGCGCAUCCCUCCUCCCAGAGUACCAAGCAUUUCUGAUGAAGCUGACACAAGCAAUUUUGACAAGAAAUUUACAGAAAUGCCAGCUCUAGACAUGAUGUGCGAAGCAGUUAUUGAAGAACAUAGCAACUUGUUUCGUGGAUUCUCGUUUUGUCGGCAAGACAGCAUCACCUCAAACCCGCAGUCACCGAUCAACACGGCAAUGCUACUACCAACAAUCGCAAGUCUAGUUCUCGAUGGUGACAAUAUCAAGGACAUCAAUGACGCUAUUGCUUCAGCAACUAGUAAACAGGCUGUAAGCCCGUAA